AUGCUUCUGUGCGUGCCCAACGAGAUUUUGCGUCACAUUUGUUCCAUCAUCGAGUGCAAAGAUUGGGAAGGCGGUUGGGAUACAAAGUCCUCCUACCAGACACUAUUGUCUCUGAGCCGCGUUUGCAAACGAUUGCGUGAUAUUGCAGAAUCCCAUCUGUUUCGAAGUAUCUUUGUCCUCGAAGAGGACCCUGAUGAGAAAUGGAUGCAACUUGCAAGACGCCUGCAACAGGAUCCUGAGCGGGGCCUCGCCGUGAGGACUUUCUGCUCCCAGAGAUACGAUCCCAUGGCUCCUCCAUACUUCCUCGACUUCAUGACCAAGUAUUUUAAGAGGCUGUCCUCAUCACCUGAAGGUGAUAAAAUCCCCCUAAAUCUCAGGGCUCUCAUAGAGUACGAGUUGAGAGUCGGAAUAUUCAAACGGCCAUACAGAAGUUUGAAAGUGCUUCUCAUGCUUCUCAUGCCAGAGCUGAGGCACCUCGAGCUGUGGAUUACUGACCACAAAUCUACGCCGUUUCUUUUGACUGGUUCAUUUGUAGGUGGCCCAGACCACGGCUGUGCUGGGUUUGAGCACAACAAAGAAGCAGGUCAGUGUUUUGAAGGUAUCCCGAAUAUCUUCUUUUUCCGCCAUCUCGAGUCAGUAACUCUUAUAUCCUAUGACGACACACUGGGCUCCCCAAUAGGGAUUAAAACAGUCAGUGGUCUCUUCAACCAUCCAAGCAUCAAGGCUCUGAGAUUUGAAGGCUUCGCAUUGUGGCACGAGACUUGUUCGAAGUUGAACUGGAACAAGGCGCCCAGCAACCUGACAAGGCUUGACCUCGAGAACUGUACCCUAGAGCCCAUGUCCCUCCAAUGCAUCUUGGAGAAAUGCACAACCCUCACCCAUCUCAAGCUGGCCCUCAUAGGCAGCGGAGACCUUAAAAACCCCACCCACAAUCUUGAGCAGUUUGGCAAUAUUCUCAGAGAGCAUGGGCGAAAGCUGGUUGAGCUUUCAAUCACGAGACCAAUGUGGGAUCCUCACAUCGCUGAUUGGAAGAACUAUAUCGGAAGUCUAAGAAAACUGGAAGUUCUGAGGCGUCUAUCAAUCGGGAGGCUCAACUUUGUUGGGCCCAUAGACAAUGAGAAUAAGAGGUACAUAACUAUACAUGACAAACUUCCUCUGUCAUUGGAGACUCUCACCAUUGAAGCAGAGGUGUCGGGCUGCGCAUGCGACUUGGAUAGAGUCAGAGAGACAGAAGAGCUAGUAUGCGACAUGCUCGAACAUGAACCAGUCCCACCGGGCUUGAGACAAAUCAACAUGAAGCUGCUACCAGGGCCGGAGGCUCGAGGUUUUGAAGUAAUAGAAGCUGAUAACAUUAGGGGUUGGCAAAUCGGGAAAAAAGGUCUAUGGGUGCAAGAAAGCAAGAGGGGAAGGGAGGAUGAGGACGAGGAUGAGGAGGACGAGGAUGAGGAGGACGAGGAUGAGGAGGACGAGGAUGAGGAGGACGAGGAUGAGGAGGGAGAUAAGGAGAAAAAGGAGUGCAGGGUAUAUGAUGAGUAUAAGGAGUAUGAGGAGUGGUCGGAGUGUGAAGAGGAUGAGGAUUUUGAAGAGGGGAAAGGAUACCGAGUGAUUCAAUUCAUCACCAGCGCGACUCGGGUUAGAUAUGGUACCUAG